AUGGACUUCUCCGUGCCCAAUUACACCUUGAAUUACUCCAGUUGGGAUGACUAUGCCAUGUAUGAUUUCGAUGGCUAUGAGGUCCCUCACCGCUACCGCGCCGUCCUGGCGCUCUACGCCCUCAUCUUCCUCUUGGGCAUCUUGGGUAACGGAGCCGUCAUCUGGGUGACCGGCUUUGAGCUUCGACGGACGGUCAACGGCGUUUGGUUCCUCAACCUCUCCAUGGCCGACCUCCUCUGUUGCCUGGCCCUACCCUUUCUGGCCCUACCGCUGGCCCGUGACCACCACUGGCCCUUGGGUGGUUUUGCCUGUAAGCUGUUGCCUUCCCUCACCAUCCUCAACAUGUUCGCCAGUGUCCUCCUCUUGAUGGCCAUCAGCGCUGACCGUUGUGCCAUGGUCACCCGGCCGGUGUGGUGUCAAAACCAUCGGACUUUGGGGUUGGCCCGAGGAGCUUGUGCAGCCGCCUGGUUCCUGGCCGGGCUCCUCACCCUUCCCUCCUUCAUCUUCCGCACCACCCGUUACGAUGACUUCUCCGAGAAGGUCACUUGUGUCUUGGACUACGUGGCUGUGGGACGUCACCAACACCUCACCGAGCUCAUCACGGCCGUCACCCGCUUUGUCUGUGGCUUCUUGGUGCCCUUCGUGGUCAUCACAGCUUGCUACAGUCUUCUGCUGACCCGUAUCCACAGCAAGGGCUUUGCCCGCUCUCAGAAAGCCAUCAAGCUCAUCUUGGUGGUCAUCAUCAGCUUCUUCGUGUGUUGGCUGCCCUACCACGUCGUAGGGUUGAUCUUGGCUUCUACUCAUCCUCACAGCAGCUUGUUCAAAGGUGCUCUGCAAGCUGACCCCAUCGUGGCCGGCAUUGCCUACAUCAACAGUUGCAUCAACCCCAUCAUCUACGUCGUCAUGGGUCAGGACUUCAAGGACAAGUUCCAACGUUCUUGGAGAGCCGUGUUGAGGGGUGUGCUGAGCGAUGACCCAACCAGCACCAUCGGGGACAGCAGGAUGAAGACCAAGUCCACUAUGGAUGACCAGAGUGUCAGUACCACAGUGUGA